CGCUGCUUCAGGAUGCUGAUGUCGCCGCCCGCCAGGAUUAUGGACCCAUGCGCCAGCAGCCCCUGUCCUGCUAACAAGGUGUGCGUACAGCACUGGCCCCCGUCCUACAUCCCCCGGGACGUCAUGGCGUCCCUCAACUACUCCUCCCCAGGCUACGUCUGCUCUGGUCACCAGUGGCUCCUCGACCGGCGCAGCGAGAACAAGACCAGGUGUGUGUACAGGACUGUUGUCGACAACGAUUACGGGUACUACGAUCUAACUAGCAAGGCGGCUCCGUACUCCGAGGCUCUGACGUUCUGCGGGCAGUACAACUGCCUCACGUUUCUUGUACGCUUUAUAGUGGGUUCACCAGACUCGAUUUACCUGAAGACGAGCUCACCCCUAAUCGCAGGAUCUUUUACUGAGCUGAAGGAUAUGAUUGCCUGGUAUCCUGAUUGCCACUGAAGCAAGCACUGCUAUAUUCCACGAAAGCUCGCUGGUCUGUUAACCCUCAUUA